UAGCACUUGCAAAUCUCAAGAUGUCCUCUUUUGAGAGCGCUGUCCUUUUACUUCUUUUUAUGGGAUCUUUAUGUCAAUCAAGCAGAACACCACUGGAGAAACUGGCAGCCAACAAGCUGUGUGCAGAUAUGGAGUGUUCAUAUGCUAUCUCACUGGCAAUAGUCUUGGAGGAUUAUGUUGCCCCUGAUUGUAGGUUUAUUAACUUGAAGCGGGGUCAGAUGAUCUAUGUGUACUCCAAAUUACUGCCAGCAGAGGGCGCUGGAAUGUUCUGGUCUGGAAGUGUCUAUAGUGAACGAUAUGUGGACCAAAUGGGCAUCAUUGGAUUCUUCCCUGUCAACCAUGUAAACGAGACAUACACUUUCCAGCGUGACACAGUCAAACUUCCCACAACUGACACAGAAUUCAUCUGUAUUUAAGAAGAAAGAGCAGAUGAUUUUCUACAUGUUGGUAUCUUCUUAGUUUAGACCUACAGUAAACCCUCCCAGAUGAGGAUUUAUCAGGUACCUCAUUAUUUGUCUUUGAACAAUAUGACAUUUGAGAGAGAA